ACUGCUCAGUUUCCUUUGUUUCUCCGAUUGCUUUCUCUUUUUCUAGUUUUUCAUCUGAGUUCACUUCACUGCUUCGUUUUCCUCAAUUUCUACCCAAAGACAAACCCUUAAAAACCCUGACGUUCCCACAUGAUACUUUCUAUGAAUUUCGUUCCUAAACCCUGAAAUUCUCCUUUCUUCUUUCUCACUUAUAGAAAGAAACCCCAAAUCCCCAUAUUCUUCUCAAUUCUUCAUGAGUUCGAACGCUUAUAUUCCUUUUGAUUUCUCCUGUUUUUUUUUCUUUUCAAAUCAGAAAAUCUUCACAGUUCCAUCAAAUGAAAAAAUUAGUAUAAUUUAUUUCAUUUAAGGACAGAAACCCUAAACUUUUUUUUUUAUGGAGUCGAAUCCGUUGAUUUUCGACAUCAGCUCCGACGACGAUGAGGCGACGUCGGCUUGGGAGGAUCCGAAAGCGGACGACUACGAUUGGUUAUCGGAAGUUCUGGAAGCUGUUGAUAAGGGAUUCGACGAAUCUGAUGAGGUCGUGGUGGUCGGGGAGGUCAACCCUAAGAAGUCAAAGUCGUGUAACUCGACGGUCAGGAAGGUCGUCGAUGACGAUGAUGAUGAUUGCGUCGUUUUGGAAGGUGACCCGGAUAAGGCGUUGUCCGAUAUUAACGAUCCCCAAGAGGAUUCCGAUGAAUUGCUUAUUGUCGGCCAAAAAGGACAGAUUGCUUGCAGAGAUUUCCCCCAUCCACGGCAUGAUUGUGCUAAAUUUCCUUUCAGUUCAACCUCACAUGAACAGCACUGUGAACUGUGCCAUUGCUUUGUUUGCGACAUGCGUGCGCCAUGUAGUUAUUGGUACUCGGGUAUUUCUAAAAGUGAUCAUUGUCAUGCCACUGAUAAAGAGGAGAUGUGGAAGACUCUGCGGAAGAAUUUCAGGCUUGGUAGAAAUGUUCCCGUGCCAGUUUCAGUUUCAAAGGCUGCUGUCACAUCUCACCCCACAGCAGUGCCCCAGCUUAACCAAGCUUCGCGUCAUGACAUUAUUAGGUUGACAUCGCAAAGUCAAGUUUCUAGGCUGACUUCAACUCGAGCUGCUGGGAACUGCAUACCACAAAAUCAUGUCCCAAGGCCAUCUAUAAUUCGCUCUUGUUCUUCCUCCACCAGGUAUGGGAACCCAUAUAACCCAAGUGUGGGUAGCCGACAUGCUUUAAAUAAAAACACAAUGCAGUCACGUUCAGUUUCACAGCAGUUGCUAGGUGUGCAUAAUACUGUUAUUCGAAGGGAUCGAGGUGUUAAGCUUAGUAACUUGGGUUCCCAAUUUGUCUCUUCCAACACAAUGUCCAAAAGACUUGACACUGGAAUCACCUCAGCAAUGAACCGAACUGCGUAUGUUCCAUCAGAAAACAUUACUUCUGCUCAUGGAUCACAUUAUCAACAAAACCCUGCUUCAGUUACAACAUCAAAUGAUGGGAAUCCCAUUGGCUGGUCUAAUGUUUGUUCUGGCUCAAAUUUGGGAGCAUAUACACAUCAGAGCUCCUCGCAGCCUAGCAUGGAUAGUGUCUUUACAAACUCAGCACCCUCCCAAUCCUCACUAUAUAGUCAGUUUGUUCCCCAGUCAAAUGAACACCAAGAUGCCAAUCAGCUUCAGAAUCUAAAUCAACCUGCCACAAAUUAUGGUUUUUCAGAUUUUGACUUCAAUUGGGUCAACAACAUCAGCCAGAGCAAUCAAAAAUCUUCUGUUGAUCACUUGCAGCUUCAAACAACAGGGCCCACAAAUGAGGAAGAAAUAUUCAAGGAGGUAAAUGAGAGAGAUAAAUCAUAUUACGAGCUUGAUAGCUUAUUUUUUGAUAACCACUCCAUUCCUGAAGGUUCUGUAACUGCAGAACUUAGUGCACCGUCCCCUGAACAUAUAUCUUUUGAUACUGGUAUGCUCUUCUUUGAUAUUGACACCUCUUGGGAUCAGCUAACUCGUGCAUAGCCAAUUAGGCAUCGAUUGUGCAGUCUAAAGAAUUAAAUCUGGUCCUUGCGCCCGGCACCUUGAAAGAGAAGUGAAAGAUAGGUUUAUGUUUCUAAGGUUAGGUUUUCGGAACUGUAUCAUAGAAGCUAUGACAGUGUACAAUUGUAUAAAAAGCGGCAGGGGUUGAAUGAUGAUGUACAGAAGCGGGUUGUUGUUCCCCAGUUUCGAUAUUUAUGAAUCAAGAUAGUAUCAAAUUAUUGCAGAUGGUUGGCGUUCGAAGAUUUCCUAUAUAUUUGACAAAAAAAAUGUAUUGGAUCUCAAAAGAUUUCCAUGCCCUUCAUGUUGUUUUGUCGACAUGAGGCUGUUUUGAUCUUAUAAUAUUUUUCAGAAACUUGCAGCUCUGGCAAUUCAAUU